UCAUCCUCAAUCGCAUUAUCUUCCAUUCCUCUGUUCUUUUUAUUAUUUUGUUUUCUAGUUAAAAAACCAGAGGAGUUAGGUAAGGAAAGAAAAGGUACAACAAUGGCGGUUCUAAGAGCUGUGAUUGUGUCUCUAAUCUCACUAAUGUUGACUCUAGCAGAAGCUAGACUCCCAGGUGUUUACUCCGGAGGUUCAUGGGAAUCAGCUCAUGCUACCUUCUAUGGAGGUUCUGAUGCCUCUGGAACCAUGGGUGGAGCUUGUGGAUAUGGAAACCUGUACAGCCAAGGUUACGGGGUGAACACAGCCGCGUUGAGCACUGCUCUGUUCAACAAUGGGCUGAGCUGUGGUGCCUGUUUUGAGAUCAAGUGUGCCAAUGACCCACACUGGUGUCAUGCCGGAAGCCCUUCUAUCUUCAUUACUGCUACUAACUUCUGCCCACCUAACUAUGCUCUGCCCAACGACAAUGGCGGAUGGUGCAACCCUCCUCGCCCUCAUUUCGACCUUGCCAUGCCUAUGUUCCUCAAGAUCGCCGAGUACAGAGCUGGAAUUGUUCCAGUAUCCUUCCGAAGAGUGCCAUGCCGGAAGCACGGAGGGAUCAGGUUCACCAUUAACGGUUUCCGUUACUUCAACUUGGUUUUGAUCUCCAACGUCGCGGGUGCAGGGGAUAUCGUGAAGGUUAGCGUUAAAGGAGCAAAGACUGGUUGGAUGACCAUGAGCCGUAACUGGGGUCAAAACUGGCAGUCAAACGCCGUUUUGGUCGGCCAAUCACUGUCGUUUAGAGUGAGAGCCAGUGACAGACGCAGCUCCACCUCGUGGAACAUCGCUCCAGCCAAUUGGCAGUUCGGUCAAACUUUCACAGGCAAGAACUUCAGAGUUUGACCAGUCAACAACAACACACAAACACAACCAUUUUGAAGACUUCCCGCCAUAAUGUUAUUAUUACUUUUAUAAUUUUUUCUUUUUUAACCCUUUCUUUGGCUCCAGAAGAAAGUAUGUACUUUCCCCCUUUUUUUUUUUUUUUUUAAUCCGCAAAACUAAGAACCUAUUGAUCUGACUGAGGGUGUUGGAGAAUGUUAAAGUUAGAACUAUGGAGAGGGUUUGACUAAGUGUGAGAAGCCUUGUUUUUAACAAAUUGAUUGGUGGGAUUGAGGUGAGUGUCACUGUUUUUUAAUAGUGAAAACAGUGAAGGGAUUUUAGGGUAGGUUUGAAGCGGCUGCACCAAAAAGGUCUGCAAGCCCGCAGCCUGUAUAAGUAUACCAGUGAAAUUUUAGUAUAUGAUAUGGUAUAUAUAUAUAUAUAUGUCGAGAAAAAGUGUAUUGUAGUAAGUUUCACUCUGUAAAAGGAUGACUUUUGGAAUGUCAUAUUUUGGUUUGCUUUUGUUUCA